AGCGAGAGGAUGCUGGCGGGGGGCGUGAGGAGCAUGCCCAGCCCCCUCCUGGCCUGCUGGCAGCCCAUCCUCCUGCUGGUGCUGGGCUCGGUGCUGUCAGGCUCAGCCACAGGCUGCCCGCCCCGCUGCGAGUGCUCCGCCCAGGACCGCGCAGUGCUCUGCCACCGCAAGCGCUUUGUGGCGGUGCCUGAGGGCAUCCCCACUGAGACCCGCCUGCUGGACCUGGGCAAGAACCGCAUCAAAACGCUCAACCAGGACGAGUUUGCCAGCUUCCCGCACCUGGAGGAGCUGGAGCUCAAUGAGAACAUCGUGAGCGCCGUGGAGCCUGGCGCCUUCAACAACCUCUUCAACCUCCGGACGCUGGGGCUCCGCAGCAACCGCCUGAAGCUCAUCCCCCUGGGCGUCUUCACCGGCCUCAGUAACCUGACCAAGCUGGACAUCAGCGAGAACAAGAUCGUCAUCCUGCUGGACUACAUGUUCCAGGACCUGUACAACCUCAAGUCACUGGAAGUCGGCGACAACGACCUCGUCUAUAUCUCCCACCGAGCCUUCAGCGGCCUCAACAGCCUGGAGCAGCUGACGCUGGAGAAAUGCAACCUGACCUCCAUCCCCACUGAGGCGCUGUCCCACCUGCACGGUCUCAUCGUCCUGCGGCUCCGGCACCUCAACAUCAAUGCCAUCCGGGACUAUUCCUUCAAGAGGUUGUACCGGCUCAAGGUCUUGGAGAUCUCUCACUGGCCCUACUUGGACACCAUGACUGCCAACUGUCUCUACGGCCUCAACCUGACGUCCCUGUCUAUCACGCACUGCAACCUGACCGCUGUGCCCUAUCUGGCAGUGCGCCACCUGGUCUAUCUCCGCUUCCUCAACCUCUCCUACAACCCCAUCAGCACCAUUGAGGGCUCCAUGUUGCACGAGCUGCUAAGGCUGCAGGAGAUCCAGCUGGUGGGUGGGCAGCUGGCCGUGGUGGAGCCCUACGCCUUCCGCGGCCUCAACUACCUGCGCGUGCUCAAUGUCUCCGGCAACCAGCUGACCACACUGGAGGAGUCGGCCUUCCACUCGGUGGGCAACCUGGAGACGCUCAUCCUGGACUCCAACCCGCUGGCCUGCGACUGCCGGCUCCUGUGGGUGUUCCGGCGCCGCUGGCGGCUCAACUUCAACCGGCAGCAGCCCACGUGUGCCACGCCCGAGUUCGUCCAGGGCAAGGAGUUCAAGGACUUCCCUGAUGUGCUCCUGCCCAACUACUUCACCUGCCGCCGUGCCCGCAUCCGGGACCGCAAGGCCCAGCAGGUGUUUGUGGAUGAGGGCCACACAGUGCAGUUCGUGUGCCGGGCGGAUGGCGACCCACCGCCCGCCAUCCUCUGGCUCUCGCCCCGCAAGCACCUGGUCUCGGCCAAGAGCAACGGGCGGCUCACGGUCUUCCCCGACGGCACGCUGGAGGUGCGCUAUGCCCAGGUACAGGACAACGGCACUUACCUGUGCAUCGCGGCCAACGCGGGCGGCAACGAUUCCAUGCCUGCCCACCUGCACGUGCGCAGCUACUCGCCCGACUGGCCCCAUCAACCCAACAAGACCUUCGCCUUCAUCUCCAACCAGCCGGGCGAGGGAGAGGCCAACAGCACCCGCGCCACCGUGCCUUUCCCCUUCGACAUCAAGACCCUCAUCAUCGCCACCACCAUGGGCUUCAUCUCUUUCUUGGGCGUCGUCCUCUUCUGUCUGGUGCUGCUGUUUCUUUGGAGCCGGGGCAAGGGCAACACCAAGCACAACAUCGAGAUUGAGUAUGUGCCCCGCAAGUCGGACGCAGGCAUCAGCUCCGCCGAUGCACCUCGCAAGUUCAAUAUGAAGAUGAUAUGA